AUGUCUGUCCCUUACACGAUCGGCACUCCUGGAUACGUUCCGGCGUCGCAGAAGAUCCCACCCAUAGCACUUCCGCUGGUCAGUCCGCGGGCUAAAGUCUUCCUCGACAAGAUCGAGCGUUUCGUGGAAGAAGAAUGCGUUCCAGCAGACGAAGUUUACGAACAAGCACUCGGCCGGGAUGUUCAAUCACGCUUCUCUUCACAUCCGCAAAUAAUUGAAGACUUGAAGAAGCGAGCGAAAGAACUCGGCCUAUGGAACUUGUUCUUACCCAAAAAUCACUACCAGGGCACGGGUGCCGACUUCACCAAUCUGGAGUAUGGCUUGAUGGCUGAAUAUCUGGGUCGAAGCCACAUAGCUUCGGAAGCCUGCAACUGCGCAGCACCAGAUACCGGAAACAUGGAGGUUUUCGCCAAGUACGGGACUGAAGAGCAGAAACGCAGGUGGCUCGAGCCUCUCCUUGCAGGCGAGAUACGUUCGGCCUUUUGUAUGACAGAGCCUCAUAUCGCUUCCAGCGAUGCCACUAACAUCGAGCUCGCGAUCAGGCGUGAGGGCAACGAUUACAUUCUCAACGGCGAAAAAUGGUGGAGCAGCGGCGCCGGCGACCUGCGCUGCACGGUGUACCUCGUCCUAGGCAAGACAGAUCCUCAAAACGCAAACAAGUACAAGCAGCAGACACUUGUAGCGGUCCCUUCUAAUACCCCCGGAGUGACCGUCAAGCGGAUGAUGCAAGUCCUGGGGUACGAUGAUGCUCCACGCGGGCAUGGCCAUAUCGUAUUCAACAACGUUCGGGUUCCCGUCAGCAACGUUAUUCUGGGCGAAGGACGAGGCUUUGAGGUUAUUCAGGGCCGUCUCGGACCAGGGCGAAUCCAUCAUGCCAUGCGAUGUGUUGGUGUGGCUGAGAGAGCACUCGAGUGGUUCAUCGCACGAUUGGUCGACCCACGCAAGAAGACUUUUGGAAAACGCCUUGUCGAUCACGGGGUAUUGCUGGAACGUGUGGCCCAGUCACGCAUCGACAUUGACGCUGCACGCCUUGCCGUCUUGAACGCUGCGGUCAAAGUGGACAUGGGAGACACCAAGUCAGCUCUAAAAGAGAUUGCCGAAGUCAAAGUACAAGUACCUGCAGUCCUGCUCGACACUUUACACAGGGCAAUGCAAGCGUACGGUGCCGCUGGAAUGAGCCAGGACACACCGCUCGCGCGAAUGUAUGGCCGGAAUCGAACAAAGAAAAUUGUCGACGGCCCGGAUGAGGUACACAUGCAGCAGCUAGGAAAGACAGAGUGUAGGACACGAGGCGAUCAAAUGCUUGAGAAAAUUACUGCUCAAAGGCGCAAGACCGACGAGCUGUUGAAGCAGUAUGGGAUGGAGAAGAUAGACGUGCUGCAGCUGGAUCGGGCGUACCAUCAUGCAGCGAAACUGUAG